AUGAUGAGCCAAGUUGAUAAGAAGUCAAAAGGUACCAGCGAAUGGUCGGGUGAAUUCGCAGCUUUGAGACUUGCCCGGCACAACACACGGCCUGGACCUAUGCAUCAAGAUGCGGCAGACUUGGUACUGCAUUACCUGAAGAAUAUGAGAGGCCCAGCGAUCGAGUACGACAGCAACCAAGCAAAUAAUGAAUGGCAGAUAGCUAGUGAUGUAUCCUACGCAGAUAACACUGAUCGCAAGAGUUCGCAAGGGUGGAUUAUGCAUCUAUAUAGAGGAUCAAUUACAUGGAGGGCGACAAAGCAACAGCCAACAUAG